AUGGCCGUUGACUACAACAACGACCUCCUACUCAUAACAGCAGCCAGUGGUAAACAAGCCACCGCGCUACUCCCCCAUCUGGCUCCCAGAUUCAAACGCCUCCGCCUCCAGUGCAUCUCAGACUCCUCCCGCAAACGCCUCCAAGAGGAAUAUCCCAAUGCAGAGGCUAUCCAAAGCGACUUCAGCGACCUCACCAAAGCAAAGACUCUCCUCAAAGGCGUAGCAACUUGCUACCUCAUAACCCCAGCCUUCCACCCUCGAGAAGCCCAACACGGAAUAAACAUGGUCGACGCAGCCACCCAAAACUACCGCUGCGGAGAAGGACCCUUCAAACAUCUCAUCUUCUCAAGUGUGAUCCAUUCUUCGAUCCGAGCAAUGGCGAAUCACGAUAAUAAACGCUACGUGGAGGAAGCGCUCGUAGAUGCAGAUAUCCCGUAUACAAUCCUGCAGCCCACGCAUAUCAUGGACACGACACCGAUCAGGAUGAUUGCCGAGCAAGAAACCCCGGUCUUCAAAGCCAGAUUCGAUCCGAGGACGGAGUUCUCGUUUGUCUGUACGUAUGAUAUUGGGGAGGCCGUGGCGAAAAUCAUCAUGCACAGGGAACAGCACUUGUAUGCUACCUACCAACUGGUCAGCACAUCCGAGCCAUUGAACUACGUGGAAGCGAUGGGAAUCGUUUCCCAAGUGAUAGGGAAGACGGUCCGGAUCGAGAGGUUGUCUGUGGACGAGGCGGUUGAAGGCUUCAGAGGUCUUAUCGCUGCUGGAACUCCGGAACAGGACUCACAGGCUCUCUUGAGUAACGCGGCGAGAAUGUUCGUUUACUACAAUCGCAAUGGGCUGAAGGGGAAUUCGAACGUGUUGCAGAUGUUGCUUGGAAGGAAGCCGUUGGAAUAUCGGGAGUGGGUGGAACGUCAGCUGAAGUGA